CCUGCAAACCGGUGGCCGCGCAUUCCUGGUGAUCUACCAGCCCAAUACGGAAACAAACCAUAUGUCAAAACACUUCGCUCUUAUUAACGACAUAAGCUAGAGCUCUUAGAUCUUCUCUCAUAAUACAGUAUUGGAUUAUUCCUGGACGUCAUCCAUUGAGGUACGAGUUAAGGAUGGGAAAAGGCAUGAAUGAGAGUAAGUGUAUGGAAUCGAGCGUGGAGAAUAAAGCUCGGGAGAAUCAUAUUCUACUUGGUAAACAAGACGGAAAUAGCCAAACUGAAAUAUGCCGGGCUCUUCGAUGGGACGAGGUACCAUGUCAAUUUCGCGAACAGUACAUCAUGACAGGUUACAGACAACCGUACAUCAGUGCUUAUCAGUGCAUUAAGAGCGCUUUCAUGGCACGCAACGAGACCAUGAACUUUUGGACGCACUUCGUUCCCUUCCUUUUGUUCCUAAUACGCUUUGGUGUUCUAUUCAUGCGUGAGCCAUUUGACCCGUACACUUAUCCUCUACUGUCAUUCGCAAUUGGAAUAUGCGGAUUUUUAUUGAUGAGUUCUGGAGCUCAUCUUUUUAAUUCCAUGUCUCCAAGAAGACGCCACGUCUGUUUCUUUUGUGAUUAUUCAGCUAUCAGUGUGUAUAGCGUUGGUGCUGGAAUGGCAUUUUAUUCCUACGGCCGUCCCGUCCAUAACGGAAGCAAGGGAUGGAGUUUCUUCUCUCCCGGUAUCUACUUGAGUGGAUCAAUAUUGGUUUCAUUCAUCUCAACAUAUUUCUGCUGCGCCUCAAGACAUCGGUGGGCCAAGAUGAAGUACGUUAUAAGAACCGGUUGUUUUGUUUUGGCUUUCUUCUUUAACUGUUCUCCAUAUCUUUACCGUGUCGCUGUUGAGGGUAUCGACACCAUAGACCCUCUCGCUUGGUCCUACUUCAAGAGACACAGUAUCUUCUAUCUUAUAGCAGCGCUUGCCAACACAUCUCGUAUGCCAGAGAGACUAAUGCCAGGAGUUUUCGACAUUAUUGGACACAGCCACAAUUUCCUUCAUGUUUUUACAGCUCUUGGAGUAUCCGACCAGUUUACAGCUAUGGAAAUCGAAAUGCGUCACAGGCGACCUUCUCUGGAACGUUUAGGGGAUAGUUUUCUAUCCCAGAAGAGUUUGAUACUGAUGAUUCUAGUCUCGUUGGCGAAUAUUUUUAUCGUUAUUUGGUUCGCUAAGGGACUUAAAUCAGAUAAAGAAGAGGAAAAGAAAGAACUUUAAAAUAUGCAUAAUCUCAGCUGUUACUCUCAUAAAAUAUUUUUUCCAUUACUCUUAAAAACGAUUUGGGUGAUUGCUUCUUAAAUAAUCGAUACAACUUAUGGGGGAACGAGAAGUAUGGUGAAAAAAAUAACYAUAGGAAAAAAAUUAUAAAUUACUUCACUAGUUAUGAAAUAUAAACUGAAAAAAUUAAAUAUGGAUACUAUUUAAAUGCGAGGACAAGAAUUGAUCUAUAUUGAUUGAAAUCAAUCCAGUCACCUGGACUAAUUCUUGUUAAUGAUUUAUAACCAAUCUUCUAUGCAAGACAAAAGUCCAUGUAAAACCAUAGGAAUAUGUUUAUACAUUCUUUAUCACUUAUUGCUACCAACUUAGUGAGUACCAAAACUGGAUAUAGACUGAUUCCAUAAGUCAGUGUUCUCGUGCUUUUGUCGAUUCUGGAUGCUGACACACCGACGCUAUUUGAGCGGGAACGACCCACAAAGUAGCGAAAACUACGACUUAUAGAAUCAGUCUAAACUGGAUAACAUGAUUGUGAUAAAUUGCGCUCAAGUGUUUUAGUGGUCUUGAGAUCUUUUCUUUUGUUUUUAAACUUGUGUACGUAAAGUCAUUAAUAGGGGUCUUUUGAAAGAAUAAUUUAUUUGACCAGAUGUCAUGAUUUGCCGGUGUUUUCAUGAUUGAAAGAAAAUAAAUUGCUUUUUUUAUGAUACUUACUUGAUUCGCAAUUUUUCCUAAUGAUUUAUGACUGGAAAAAUUAAAAGAAACUUUCGGUUCUUUUAGAUCCCAGGAAAACGAUUAAAAAUCCCCUCUAGCAUUUUAAAUAUUUUUUAAAGAAAAUUUCCAAUUAAACGCGGGUAACCUUGCAUGAAUAGUAAUAAAAAGAAUAAAACAAA